CUCAAGCAGCUUAGACGUAAUUUUAGAUCUAGCGUAGAGUAGCAACAAGAAGCAGCCAAACUUUAUCCGACUCCUGGACCCGACAUUAGCCUGUCAUUUCCAUUUCAUCUUCCCCAACACUGCCUUUAUUCAAGGAAAAACCGCAGUGACAUAGAACACUGAAUUUUUUUUUUGAAUCUCAAAGCUAUGUCAGUCUUCGUCAUUUUUCUCGUCAUCACCUUCCAUAUAACUGCAUUGUUCGCCUUACCCAACCCGGUCCAAACCGAGACAGUUCUACCGGUCACUUCACUGCCGGCGACCAUCCCGGCCUUCCCAGAACAAUCAGACAUCUCUGGCUGCCCAUUGGAUCUCCCUGAACAGCUCUUCCAGGGCGUAAAAUCCGCUUGUGGCUCAAAUACUCACCAUGGACACGACCCUGAUCAGCUCUAUCGGACUCGCUGCUGCCCGGUUCUCGCGGCAUGGCUCUACUCCGCCUAUUCGAGCUCCGCAUUACAAGCGUACGUAGCAAAAUCCCCGCCACAAACAGAGUCGUACGACAUGCCGCUCCUGCCCGAUGACUCCGAGACCUGUGUCGACACUCUUGAAAAGGCUUUGGGAAGCAGAGGCAUGCAAUUGACGAAGCCUAAUCAGACUUGUGAUGUAGUGUACUGUUAUUGUGGCAUUAGAUUGCAUCCAUUCGUCUGCCCAGAAGCGUUUUAUGUGAAUUCGCUCGGUAAAUUGGCGGGUAAUGAGAAUGUGAAGAAAUUGGAGAAGGAUUGCUUGAGUAAUAGGAUUAAUGGGUACGCCGGGCUCGCUGGCUGCUCCAAAUGCUUGAAAAGUCUUCAUUCGCUCAAAGAGGAUAAAGCUGGUCGUACAAACAAAUCCGACGAGAGAACAAGCAAAAUGCAGAAGCGAGAUUGUGAGCUUAUGGGUCUGACGUGGCUUCUUAACAAGAACCGAACUUCUUACAUACAUACGGUUUCUGCUGUUCUUCGUGCUCUCAUGACGACCACUCUAGAUGCUUCUGAUCCACAGUUUUGCUUUCUUAACAGUGAUGGCAUGCCCCUAGCCGUUGAUUCUUUGGAAAUCAAUGAUCAAAAUUCAUCAAUCAUCCCAACAAUCUCUCUUUUCCACUACCUUCUGUUGCUUUCCUUGUUAUAUUUGAGCAUCUUUGUGUCAUUUACUAGGUAUUAGUUAGUUCCCACAAUUGUGAUUAUUUGGUCUUGGUGCAAUGCACUCCAUUUACUAUUCUAAGUGGGACAACAGAUUCUCUAAUGUACUUUGUUAUUUAGUGCACGUGUGGUAUUGAUUUUUUCUCCAAAAAAUCAAUUUUUCAAACCA